UAGCGUUGUGGACCACAUGCCUAUUAUAUAAGGGGUUUAGUGAAAUCUCUGUUCAAGGACCCCAGGGGGAUGUGAUGUGGGCAGCAGCCAACUUGACUUCUACCUCAGUUAAGGCCAGUGAGUAGCACACAUGGUGUGGGAAGGUUGAAGUCUGAUUGGAAAUUAUAGGGAGCAGUGGCACAAUGCACUCAGUGAUGCAUGUGGCUAGUUUGCUGCCUGUGAUGAACAGCUGAUUCAAUGAGUGCACCAGUGAGGACUGUCACCGCUGGAAGAUACAGCAGAGCAGAUCUGUUACUUGCCAUUAUGCUCAGAAUACCUUAUUCUUUCAUGCUCCUUGGGUUGAUUUUCUGUCUCAUUCUUGCAACAGAGGGUAAAAGGCACAGGAGGAGGAGAUGGGCAGGACAGUUGGAGGCGAAGCAGAAGCAGGCCAGUCAUGUAUAUAAGAAGAAUCACGAUCUCACCAAAAUUCGAAAGAAUAAAAAUGAUCAGCUUCUCCGUGUGGACGAACAUGAUUUCACUAUGAGACCUGCCUUUGGAGGUCCUGCAAUUCCUGUGGGUGUUGAUGUACAAGUUGAAAGCUUGGACAGUAUUUCUGAAGUUGAUAUGGAUUUUACCAUGACAUUAUAUCUGAGACACUACUGGAAGGAUGAAAGAUUGUCAUUCCCCAGCAGCACCAACAAAAGCAUGACUUUUGACAGCAGGCUGGUAAAGAAGAUAUGGGUACCUGAUGUCUUCUUUGUUCACUCCAAAAGAUCCUUUAUUCAUGACACAACUACAGAUAACAUCAUGCUCCGUGUGUAUCCAGAUGGACAUGUCCUGUACAGCAUGAGAAUUACAGUGACAGCAAUGUGCAACAUGGAUUUUAGCCGAUUUCCUCUGGAUACGCAGACGUGCUCCUUGGAGCUGGAAAGCUAUGCUUAUACUGAUGAAGAUUUGAUGUUGUACUGGAAAAAAGGAAAUGAAUCAUUAAAAACGGAUGAAAAGAUUUCUUUGUCUCAGUUUUUGAUUCAGAAGUUUCACACUACAUCUCGACUCGCGUUCUACAGCAGCACCGGAUGGUACAAUCGCCUGUACAUCAAUUUCACAUUACGGCGUCACAUCUUUUUCUUUCUGCUGCAAACUUAUUUUCCAGCAACCUUGAUGGUCAUGUUGUCUUGGGUUUCGUUCUGGAUAGACCGUAGAGCUGUUCCCGCUAGAGUCUCUCUGGGUAUAACCACGGUGUUGACCAUGUCUACCAUCAUAACGGGAGUAAAUGCCUCCAUGCCCAGAGUCUCAUACAUCAAAGCCGUGGACAUUUACUUGUGGGUUAGUUUUGUGUUUGUCUUCCUAUCGGUGCUGGAAUAUGCAGCCGUGAAUUAUUUGACCACUGUGCAAGAGAGGAAAGAAAGGAAAAUGCGGGAAAAGUUUCCUUGCACAUGUGGAAUGUCCCACACAAAAACCAUGAUGUUAGAUGGGAUGUAUGGGGAUUCAGAAUCCAAUAGUCUGGCAGGUUAUACCAAAAGCCAGAUUGUUACAGAAGAUAUUGAGAAGCAAGACAAGAUGGUUGUGCAUUUGGCUAUGAAUUCUAACACAUCUCGUAAAAAAGGACUUAAAGGACAAGUUGGUUUACGCAUCAUGGAGAAUAACCAUGCCAUUGACACCUUCUCCAGGCUGAUUUUUCCUGCAUCGUUUAUAUUUUUUAACUUGAUUUACUGGUCUGUAUUCUGCUAGAUAUGCCCAUAGUUGAAUCCUUCCAAGCAAAAAUAUAUUCAUGACAUCGGAUAUAUCACACGGAUAUACGCUAGUUUAAUGGCCUUUUCCAGUAUGAUUAAAAAAGACUUUUGAAAAAAUACAGCUAUUAUUCAGCCAUUUCUAAAUGAUACAA